AUGCCACCUCGCACUGGACAAGAUGAGGAGCCAAUUCCAUCUACAGCAGUUCCAAUUGUCCUACCUCCGAAAACAACAAGAGAGACAUUCCAAAGUUUCAUCACGGAAGCCCAGGGCAUCAGUGGCCCAGACGAUGUCACAAUUGUUAGUAGCAGUGAUCAAUGCAGGAAAUCCGACUACCUUGAUCAGAGCAAAGUCCAUGACAUGUUUCAUAUCGCGGGUAAAGAACACUUUAUAUCCUCAGCCGUCAUCACGCCUCGUGAUGUCUCAGAAGUCCAAGCCAUCGUGAAGCUGGCGAAUAAAUACAGUAUUCCACUGUGGCCAUUAUCCAUCGGCCGAAACGUCGGAUACGGCGGAGCUGCUCCCCGAGUCCCUGGGUCUAUCGCACUUGACCUUGGAAAGCAUAUGAACAAAAUCCUCAAGGUCGACGUCGAUGGGGCUUACGCUCUUGUUGAGCCGGGUGUAACAUAUGCAGAUCUUCAUCAGUACUUAGUUGAUAACAAUCUUCGUGACAAACUUUGGGUUGACGUUCCUGACUUGGGAGGAGGUUCUGUUCUUGGAAACACCACUGAGAGAGGAGUCGGCUAUACACCCUACGGUGAUCAUUUUAUGAUGCACUGUGGCAUGGAAGUUGUCUUACCAGACAGUACCCUCGUGCGUACAGGAAUGGGCGCACUUCCCAAUCCUAAUGCAGACCCCAAUGCACCACCACAUGAUCAAGAACCUAACUCUGCCUGGCAACUCUUCAACUAUGGGUUUGGCCCAUACAAUGACGGAAUCUUCACCCAGUCCUCCCUUGGCAUCGUUGUCAAGAUGGGAGUCUGGCUUAUGGUAAACCCAGGUGGCUACCAGUCCUACAUGAUCACUAUUCCUAGAGACGAAGAUCUACACCAGGCUAUCGAGAUCAUUAGACCACUCCGGACGUCCAUGGUUUUACAAAAUGUACCGACUGUAAGGCAUAUACUUCUAGACGCAGCAGUCAUGGGUAAUCGUGCUUCAUACACCACAUCCAAGAAGCCUCUCAAUGAUCAAGAGCUUGACGAAAUAGCCAGGAAAUUGAAUCUAGGCCGGUGGAAUUUUUACGGAGCACUCUAUGGGCCGGAACCUAUCAGAAAGGUUAUGUGGGAAGUUGUCAAGCAGUCGUUUUCUGCUAUCCCUGGCGCCAAGUUCUAUUUCCCUGAAGAUAUGCCAGACAAUGUUGUGUUGCAGACGAGAAAUCUAACCCUCCAAGGCAUUCCCACCUAUACGGAACUAGAGUGGGUAAACUGGCUCCCUAACGGCGCACACGUGUUCUUCUCACCAAUCGCUAAAGUUACUGGCGACGAUGCCAUUGCUCAAUAUCAGCUCACUCGGACCCGAUGCGAGGAAGCUGGGUUCGACUUCAUCGGAACCUUUGUCGUGGGCAUGCGUGAGAUGCAUCACAUCGUCUGUCUAGUGUUCAACCGAGAGGAUGAGGACUCAUGCCGUCGCGCCCACGAACUCAUCUGCACGCUGAUAGAUGAAGCCGCCCAAAGAGGCUGGGGCGAAUAUCGCACGCAUCUGGCUCUGAUGGAUCAGAUCGCGCAAACGUAUAGUUUUAACAACAAUGCUCAGAUGCAUCUCAAUACCCUCAUCAAGAACGCUCUUGACCCUAAUGGGAUUCUGGCCCCUGGUAAAAAUGGUAUUUGGCCCCGGAACUAUAAGGCGGAGGAUUUUGCGGUCGCCCCAGCACCUGCUGCACCAGGGCCUGAUUCAGCAUAA